CUGAACUUGGAGCUCCCUGCAGAAAUAGAGGUUAACCCAUCAGUCCUUUGGAGAGGAGCAGAGUGCGGUUUGUCCUCCCAAAUGGAGGGUUCGACCGGCAACUCGCCGGCGGCGGCGCCGGCCGCCUUCCGGAACAGGUACUGGAUCCUCCGCCACGGCCGCAGCGUCCCCAACGAGCGCGGCCUCAUCGUCUCCUCCCUGGAGAACGGCACGAAGCCGGAGUUCGGGCUGGCCCCACAGGGCGUCGAGCAGGCGCGCUCCGCCGGCGAGUCGCUCCGGAAGGAGCUUGAGGAGAUGGGUGUGCCGGUGGACUCUGUCAAGAUCCGGUACUCGCCGUUCUCACGGACGACGGAGACGGCCAGGGUGGUCGCCGGCGUGCUGGGCGUCCCAUUUGAGGGUCCUAGCUGUAAGGCAACCGUAGAACUUCGUGAACGUUAUUUCGGACCAUCAUAUGAGCUGCUUUCACAUGAGAAGUAUGCAGAGGUAUGGGCAAUAGAUGAAGCAGAUCCCUUUCUGGCCCCAGAAGGUGGGGAGAGCGUUGCAGAUGUUGCUAGUAGACUUGCAGGGGUGCUGUUUUCUACAGACGUGGAGUUUCAUGGCUCUGCUGUUCUUAUUGUCAGCCAUGGGGAUCCAUUGCAGAUCUUUCAAGCAGUACUCAGUGGAGCCAAGGAAAACCCAUCUUUCCUCGAUGAUGUAGCUGGCCUGAAAAAGGAAAGCCUGGUAGUUCCAUCCGUGUUGUCACAACACCGUAAGUUCGCACUCAACACAGCAGAGCUGCGCCAAGUUGUGUGACCUGACGCAGAUUUGAUCCUGUACUGCUAUAUUGUAGAUAAUUCAUGUAUCUGUAGAUGGGAAAACUGUUGUUCGAUGUUACUCCCUCGGCCCCUUUGUUGAGAAACAUCAACGCAUUAUUUUUGAUUGACCAGAUUCAAGAUCUGCUUGGAAAUAUGCGAUGUUUUAUAA